AUGUUCGAUGGACAGACACUAACUCUUGUCGAACUCUACGUCCACGGCUUUCGAGACGCGGCCUAUGUUGCCUUUGCCUCCUUGGCCGUCAUUAUCUAUGAUUAUCUUAUUACCUUUCAAGCCGAGCUCGAGUCGUUUUGGACCCCGCCGUGGAGUCUUGUCCGCGCCCUGUUCCUUCUGAACCGCUACAUUAGUAUUGUUGUUGCGUGUGUCCAGGUCUACAGACUCGUGGCAUCUCAUCCAACACAUAUCGCGUGCGUCCUAACAAAUUUCAGCCGCCUGUGGCUGACUCUGCUUUUGCAACAGAUGCCAGGCGACGACAUUGAUAUGGACGUAUGGCAUCGUCCUCAUCUUCAUCAUGGGAUCAGGUUCGUUUUGGUUCCAUCACCGGCGGGCCACACGGCAUUGACAGGCCAUCCUCAACACCUGCCAGUCAUCCUCCUCAUGCGCGUCUUGGCCGUGUACCGUCGUCAGAAAUGGGUCACAUACGGCCUCAUGACGCUUUUCGUUUUGCUCACAGUCGGAUUUCUGGCCUUUACGAUUGAACUCAAUAAAAGAACUAUAACUUUUGAUGCUGAACCAUUGAUUCACGGUUGUCCGGGGAGGAUGGAGUCUUCCAGCUUGGCUGUCAUCUGGCGUGUCUAUGUUUGUCCAAUAGUUUUACAAACUAUUCUUGUCGCCAUGAUCCUAUUCAAGGCCGUUCGACAGACAAACCAAUCGAAAGCUGGGCGUGGCAUCGUCGGCUUGCUGGCUAGAGAUGGUGUCAUGGUUUACGUUUCCGUAUUAUGUGCGUUCAAUCCCCCUAUUCGUCAGCUAACCGACUCUUACCGCCAAUCGACCUUUCGAUCCACAGUGGCCCUAAUCUUAUCGAUAAUAGCUUGCUUCAUUCCGAUCCUCCAAGUACCCCUACUUGCUUCAAACCUCCUCCUUCCUGUCGUCGGCAUUAGUACCUCGCGUAUCCUCCUCAAUAUUCGUUCCCAUCUCUCACACAACCUACUCCCACAUCUCCGACAUACCAUCGCUGGAAACACGAGUGCAGGUGUGGUUUCCGGUGUCGAAAUGUCUGCACUCUACCUCGGUGGAUAUCACGGCGGAAUCGCCCCCGCGCGAGGCGUAGAGGGUGCCAAAGUCCGAGAGAUUGGGAACACGACGAUGAUUGAAGUCCCAGUCGUGGACGACUCGACGUUGGAUGAUUACGAAGACGAGGAGCACAAUCUAACUCAACGAUAUCAAGAAGACAGUGUUGGGGGUGGGAGCACCAUUGAGGAGGGUCCGUCAAUGCGUGUGGAUGGCGAGCCUUCAAGCACGCUUGGACGUGCGGGGAGUGCAACGGGUGGUUAUGGACAUCCGCGCAGUCGACCUGGAAGUGGUCGAGCCGCGUUGAAGAUUAGUGCGCUUGGUGCGACCCCAGGAUGGGAGCACUGGGAUGAACGACUGCCGACCAAGGAUUUCCGCUUGCCGACACUUGCCGUUCCUCAUACUCUCCGUCCAUCAUCCCCAUCAUAUGUCACUGGUUCAAUGACGGGGACAAGCGGUGUAGACUCAAACUCGAACGAGUCUGGAUCACGAGAGGAUCUUCGAGAGGUGCAACCACAAGUUCAUACGGUGAUGGUGACGAAGCAGAUUGAGCAAAUAACAUCCCCCGGUAGACGACGGCGGAAACAGGCUGGUUCACGGGAGAGAGCUAUCCAAUGGGCACCUCCGCCUACAGCUUCGACUAUUCGCUCUACUACCACUGCACAUAGUAGCGGUGAAGGAGACGACCUAUCCACGUCCUACGCUCAAUCCCUCGUCCAAGGAAGUGGACCGGGACGACCAAACGGCACACAAGCCCAGAUACAACAUUCCCGACAUGUUCGAUCAUCCAGUCGAUUGCGUACACACGAUUCGGUAUCGAGAUCGCAAAGCAGCAAGGAACCCAGCUCGGGCUCGACGAGUGCAGAAGGCGAACCCGUGUGGCGAUCGGCUUCUACAAUCUCCCCGGAUUGA